GAGACAAGGAAGCCCCCCGACAGUGUUGGGUCGUGGCCUGCUGUAUUUCUUCGACUCCGUUCACCUCCAUUCACACAGUAAAUAAAAGCAUGGAGGCUCUGACUCUCGGGAUCUAGAACAGCGGGGGGUAAAGACACUGCCGCAUGCGCUCUCCCUUUCACCAAAACACAGGAAGGAAGCAGGAAAGCGGCGAACGCUUUGCCAGUUGGAUUUAACUCGUUUUACGUGGAAGAGAGGAUUGUAGUUGGAGACAGGAGCGGGGCAGCCCGCCGUGCUGAGCAUGAAGCGGACGGCUGUUGUGGCCAGGCACAAUGGCCUCGUCUCUCCGCUGGGGAACAACAACUCCGGGGCUUCGAGCAUCGUCUUUCCACCACAUCCGAGAGCCACUAAUAUCUCCGCGUCUGCCGACUGUGGUGCCGGCGGUGGGAUGGACGGCCUGCUGGAUUUCUCCAAAGGCCCCACCGUCAAAACCGAGCUGGUCUGUAAAUGGAUUGACCGAACUUCUUCGAGACAGAGGCUUGGGCGGACGGCGACAUCCGUCUGCGACCAAACUUUCAGCUCCAUGCACGAGCUGGUGGACCACGUCACCACCGAGCAUGUAGCAGCGGGGCUUGAGACCCUCAGUCAUGUCUGCAUGUGGGACGAGUGUAUGCGCGGCGGGAAGGCGUUCAAAGCCAAAUACAAACUCAUCAACCAUAUUCGCGUGCACACCGGGGAGAAGCCUUUUUCAUGCGCAUUUCCCAACUGCGGCAAGAUGUUCGCACGCUCAGAGAACCUCAAGAUCCACACGCGCACGCACACUGGUGAGAAGCCAUUCCAGUGCGAGUUCUGCGAGCGACGCUUCGCCAACAGCAGCGACCGGAAGAAGCACUCACAGGUCCACACGGCCUCGAAGCCUUACGACUGCAAGGCCCUGGGCUGCACUAAGUCCUACACCCACCCCAGCUCCCUGCGCAAACACAUGAAGGUCCACGUCAAGUUGUCACCUACCUCUGAACCCCAGGACGUGUACGACUCCAUCCCUCAUCACCUCCAACAACCUCAUCAGGCUCUCCUCGAGCCCCUUGACCUUAAAAUGAACCGCCUCUCUCCAUCACUUGCCAAUAAGAACGCUCAUUUUCCUCUUCUGUCCAGACAUGAAUUGGAUCUCAGCUCUGCCAGCGACGUUGACCAUAAGCUGUUGCUGCGGAGUUCGUCUCCAAUGGCAAUGCCUCUGGAUCUGUCUCUGUCGGGCCUGAAGAGUCAGCUGGCCCAGAGGCAACAGAGUGGUAGGACCCCGCGGAGGAGCCAGCGCUCAGUCAACCCAGCCUUACCUCAGUUGUCUAACAUUAAGGAGUGGUACGUCUGCACCAGGAGUACAGUACCACACUUUCCUCUACUUCACCCAGACCACAUCAAAUCAGAACCUAGUGAUGACGAGGAGUAUGUCACGUAGGAUAGAGGGACUGGUGAAUUUGGACUUGAAGAACAUAUUGUCAGACCCAGGUCAGGCCAGAGGAUGCUCUGUGGAAUCAUAGUUGCUGUACAUUUCCAGGACCAGCAGUUGUAUGCUUCAGCAUCGGUGGCCCUUCUAAGAUGGAGAAAGCUGUGAUCAGAGGGAGACCUUUUUUGUUCUGUCUCUAAUACAAAACUCAGCUCGGCGAUCAUCACUAUCUGUGGACCAAAAAGCAGAGGCUCAAAUGUUGCCAGAAGGGACAAGAGGAAUUCCAUCUUUAUGGCUGUCAAACACAAUGUUUGACAAAAAACUGCAAUUAUCCAUCAGUGUUAGCCGGCUGACCUGAACUAACAAAAGGGGAUAACAUUGUACAAAUGGACCAGGGGAUGUUGGGUACUGCUCUGCUUGCUGUUAAAAGAUAUGAAGAGGGUGUGUGUACAUGAUGACCUCUCGAGGGAGACGGAUUAGUGACCAAUAUAUCUAAACGCUCCACCUAGAUAAAGAAAUUUCAAGGGCUACAUCAACACUGAUGGAAAACGGUUAAUAUUGACCUGAGCUCACGCUAGCACUGUACACAUGGUAUCACAGCAGGUCCAAGACAGCAGGCAUACAGGGUGGAGGUGAGUGUGUGCCCGUUAUGGCCUCAGUAUGUUUUAAACAAACUACUUUGUACAACAUCAGAUAGUUACAAAGGGUGUUGGAAGCAGCCGAUUCUGCUGGAAAGAGGGUUCCAGAUGCUGUUAGGUGUCCGACAAGAUCUUUGUUUGAAGCAAACUGAGGCCUUAACUUACAAACCAUUGGUAGUAACUUGUUCAAAAGUCUUGUAUGUGAUCACAGUGCAACCCAACAGUAGCCAGCAGUGAAGCUGCAGUUUGAAGUCAGGGGGACUGAUCCUUCUCUGUACUGAUCAUCAAGUGUCUCCUUAACCUCUUCAACUCUAUGGACCUUUCAGCGGGUUCAUCGCCUGCCUGUUUACACUCCUUGUACAAUUUAGUCAAGACCCCAAGGUUUCCAAAAUGACCAUAUAUGUCAUACACAUAUUCCUUUAACAUGAACAUGUGUAUUAUAUGAUGCACAAGACAUCGAGUAUUUUCCCUUUGAUCCCUUUGUGCAGCCAUAAAAAGUGGCAUCUUGGAUUUGAAAAUGGACUCAGUGUAAGCAUCAAUGAAUCUAAAGCAGAAUGUAUUGUGUAAAAUUGUGGUACAGCUUGGAAAAAUGUUUCAUCUAUGUUUGAAGAUACUGCAUUGAGAACACUUUAAAUGGUUAAUAAGUGACUUAUACUAAUGUACAUUAUCCAUCCACUAGUAGGUCAUUUCAAGCUGGAUUUGAACCUGGGAUGUAAGAAAAGCUACCUGAAGCAGAUAGUUUAAAUGUAUAAUGACACAGGAUUUAAAUGCUGUUUUGAAGGAAAAUGACGGUGUUACGACCUGGUCUUACUGAAGGUGAACACACCUGACAUGUCUCUUAACAAUCCAUUUUUGCCAGGGAAAACUGGGUACACAAGUAUAGUAAGUACAGUAGGUCAACUCUGAAGCAGGAAGUGGGUCUGUCAGCUGUGAUGGGUGUUCACAAUGGAUAGUUUGGAAAAUAAUUUUAACGUUCAUCUUUGUUUUCUAUUCAGUCAGUUUGUAUAAUGUGGGUGUUAAUUUAAUACCUUUUUAGUCAACUUUAGUCAAGUUAUUAACUUUGUGUGUACAUUAUUAUUAUUAUUAUUAUUAUUAUUAUUAUUAUUAUUAUUACAGAUAGGACUGAUCGACAAAACUGCAAAUAACACCCAAGUUAAAUUAAACAGGAAUUUCCUUUACAAAUAUA